CGCCGGGUGCCGCUGCCCAGUCCGAGCUAAUCGCAGGGUCUGUGUGCGUGUGUGUUCCUGGCUGCGGCUCAGCACAGAGGACAUAGAGCUUCCUGCGUGCUGCUAGGCAGCCCGGACUCAUUCUGCCGCAUUCAUGCCUCGUACCGCCACCAUUACGCAGAGGAAUUCCCUACUGUCUCCUCCACUGCUCCUCACAGGCAGAGUGAGUGUGGUUUAGAGAGAGAGAGAUAGAGGGGAGGAGAGGAGACGGGCUGCAAAGCGACACUGACAGAUAGAGGACAGAGCUGGAUUUUGUGUUGGAUGUUUACAUGACGGUGCGCGGCGUUUGUUUAUGUGGAGGAGACUUUUUAUAGGCUUUACUGCUGACCUCUGUGCCAUGGGACUGCGCGCAUAUUUAAGAAGGAAGAACACUGUGUAUUUAAGCAUGCAAGUGAGCGUGUGAGUGUUUGUUCCUGAUGCGGUCAAAACGGGCCAGCCGUGUGUGUAUCGUGGUGCUGGAGGAGGUGGAGGAGGACGAGCCCUCUCCUUCAUCCCCACCUCCUCGGCCCAAAUCGUCUCUUGAGCUGAGGUCUCAUCAAGUCUCUCGAAGGGCUGCUCUGCAGGAUGUUAAGCCAUCUCUGCUUAGAGCCAUCUUUAACGUGGACCCAGAUGAAGUUCGCUCACUUAUCUUUAAGAAGGAGGAUGUCAACAUUCAGGACAAUGAGAAACGGAGCCCACUUCACGCUGCAGCAUACCUUGGAGACGCUGAGAUCAUUGAGCUGCUCAUCCUUUCAGGAGCCAGAGUUAAUGCCAAAGAUAACAAGUGGUUGACUCCUCUCCACCGUGCUGUGGCUUCUUGUAGUGAGGAUGCAGUGACGGUGCUGCUGAAGCACAGCGCAGACGUAAAUGCUCGGGACAAGAAUUGGCAGACGCCGCUGCACGUAGCAGCCAGCAACAAGGCGGUCCGCUGUGCCGAGGCUUUGGUCCCAUUGCUGAGCAACGUGAACGUAUCUGACCGCGCAGGACGCAACGCACUGCACCACGCCGCCUUUAGUGGCCAUGUAGAGAUGGUGAAAUUGCUGCUCUCCAGAGGAGCCAACAUUAAUGCGUUUGACAAGAAGGACAGGAGAGCCAUCCACUGGGCGGCCUACAUGGGUCACCUGGAGGUUGUGAAGUUACUGGUGGCCAGUGGGGCUGAGGUCGACUGUAAGGACAAGAAGGCCUACACGCCGCUUCAUGCAGCCGCCUCCAGUGGCAUGAGCAGCACGGUGCACUACCUGCUAAGCCUUGGUGCCCAUGUAAAUGAGGGUAACACCUACGGCAACACGCCGCUCCAUUUGGCCUGUUACAACGGACAGGACGUGGUGGUGGGCGAGCUCAUCGAGGCAGGAGCUGAUGUAAAUCAAGUGAACGAGAGAGGGUUUUCUGCACUUCACUUCGCUUCGUCUUCACGCCAAGGUGCGCUGUGCCAGGAGCUGCUGCUGGCCCACGGAGCAUGCAUCAACUUGAAGAGUAAGGAUGGUAAGACCCCCCUUCACAUGGCAGCUACGCAUGGACGCUUCUCCUGCUCCCAGGCCCUCAUUCAAAAUGGAGCUGAGACAAACUAUGAAGACAGAAGCAGAAACACUGCCCUACACAUUGCAGCCCGCUAUGGCCAUGAGCUCAUCAUCACAUCGCUCAUCAAACACGGAGCCAACAUUGCCAAGAGAGGCAUUCAUGGGAUGUUACCGCUACACCUGGCAGCUCUCAGCGGCUUCUCCAAUUGCUGCAGGAAGCUGCUGUCCUCAGGAUUUGUAAUAGACACCCCUGAUGACUUUGGAAGGACGUGUCUGCAUGCUGCUGCAGCUGGAGGAAACCUGGAGUGUCUGAACCUGCUCUUAAACACAGGAGCUGACUUUAACAGGAAGGACAACUAUGGAAGGGCUCCACUACACUAUGCAUCAGCCAACUGUAACUACCAGUGUGUGUUUGCUCUGGUGGGCUCUGGGGCAAGUGUUAAUGAUCUGGAUCAGAACAGCUGCAGCCCUCUGCACUACGCCGCUGCUGCCGACUCAGAUGGAAAAUGUGUGGAGUACCUGCUGAGGAACGAUGCUGAUCCUGGAGUAAAGGACAGACAGGGUUACAAUACAGUGCACUAUGCCUCAGCGUAUGGGCGCACGCUUUGUCUGGAGCUGAUUGCCAGUGUGAGACCUCUUGAUGUGUUAAUGGAGACAUCAGGAACAGACAUCCUGAGGGACUCUGACAACCAGGCGCCCCUAAGUCCACUCCAUCUGGCGGCUUACCACGGACACUGUGGGGCAUUAGAGGUUCUCCUGGCAUCCCUGCUGGACGUGGACGUGCGCAGCCCGGACGGACGGACCCCUCUAGGUUUAGCCUGCUCCAGGGGCCAUCAGGAAUGCGUGUCACUGCUGCUACAUCACCGCGCCUCUCCCAUGACCCGUGACUACAUAUACAAAAAGACAUCCUUACAUGCUGCAGCUAUGAAUGGCCACCCAGAAUGUCUUCACCUGCUUCUGAGUAGCAACAAUCAACACAUUAAUGUGGAUGCACAAGACAACAACAGACAAACUCCUCUGAUGUUGGCAGUGCUGAAUGGACACACAGAGUGUGUGUACUCUCUGCUCAAUCAAGGAGCCUGUGUGGAGACUCAGGACCGCUGGGGUCGGACAGCACUGCACCGUGGGGCCACCACAGGCCAGGAUGAGUGUGUGGAGGCUCUCCUCCAGCGAGGGGCCAGUGUGUGUGUGAAGGACAUUCGGGGCCGCAUCCCGCUGCACUUAGCUUCGGCUUGUGGCCACGUGGGAGUCCUGGGAACUCUCCUGCAGACCACCACCCCAUCCGAUACUCACCUCACAGACAACCAGGGCUACACACCGUUGCACUGGGCCUGCUAUAACGGGUAUGAUGCAUGCGUGGAGGUUUUGUUAGAUCACGAGGUGUUCAGGAAGAUUAAAGGAAACUCCUUCAGCCCGCUGCACUGUGCUGUUAUAAACGAUAACGAGGGGGUGGCUGAGAUGUUAAUUGACUCCCUGGGUGCAAUAAUCGUCAAUACCACAGACUCCAAGGGAAGAACCCCCCUCCAUGCCGCUGCAUUUUCUGACCACGUGGAGUGCAUUUCUCUUCUUCUGAGCCACGGAGCUCAGCCCAACGUCAUCGACAGACUCACACACAAAACACCGCUAAUGAUGGCAGCUCUGAACGGACAGACCAACGCCGUGGAGGUGCUGGUGAGCAGUGGCAAAACAGAAUUGUCCCUGCAGGACGUAAACCGGAACACUGCGCUGCAUCUAGCGUGUAGCAAGGGUCAUGAAACAAGUGCCUUGUUGAUUCUUGAGAAAAUCGGCGAUAGGAACCUCAUCAACUGCACCAAUGCUGCUCUCCAGACGCCGCUGCAUGUAGCAGCCAGGAUGGGACUAACGGUGGUGGUCCAGGAGCUGUUGGGAAAAGGAGCCAGCGUGUUGGCGGUGGAUGAGAAUGGUUAUACUCCAGCUUUGGCCUGUGCCCCGAAUCGCGAUGUAGCCGACUGCUUGGCCCUCAUCCUCAACUCAAUGAUGCCCACCUCCCCCACGGUGACGAUAGCAGCCAUACCCGCUUUGUCUCUCACCCACACGGUCAUCAACCAUCACCCGACAUCAAACCACAUCUCCAAAGGUGUGGCGUUUGAUACCCCACCCCCUCUGAGACCUGACCACGUCUCAUACUGCAGGCCGGAGAGGCCGCUGUCCUCCAUGUCUGCAGACGAUGAACUGAACGACUCGGACUCGGAGACCUACUGAGAACUUUUGGAGACAGUCUUCUAAUACUGGCAGGCUAGCCAACCACUCAGGAGCCUUAAUAGAUAACUAACUAAAAGAUGGAGAAAGUAGAGCAGAUAAUCUUUGGUGGAGCUUCCUCAAACUUAGAAAUAGUCUUUUAUUCAUACACUGCCUUGCAAACAUAUUUCUACCCCUUGAACUUUUUCAGAUCUUGUCAUGUUACAACAAACUUUAGAUCAUUUUAUUGGGGUUUUAUGUGAUAGACAACACAAAGUAGUGCAAAAUUGUGAAGUAGAAGUAAAGGAUACAUCGUUUUCAGUUUUUUUUUUAUAAAUGAAAAUUUGAAAAACAUAGGAUGCAUUUUUAUUCAGCCCACCUGCAUCAAUUCUUCAGAAAAACCAUCUUUCACUGCAUUUACUGCUGAAAGGCUUUUGGGGUAUGUCCUGACCAUCUUUGCACAUCUAGAGAGUGAAAGUUUUGUCUGUUGUGCUCUGAAGAAUAACGCAACCUCAAUCAGACUGGAUGGAGAGUGUCUAUGAAGAUCAAAUUUCAAGUCUUGCCACAGAUUCUCAGUUUGACGUAGAUCUGAGCUUUGAGAUAAAUGCACUUUGAUCUGAACCAUUCGAUAGCAACUCUGGCUGUGUUUAGGUUCAUUGUCCUGCAGUGAGGUGGACCCCCAACCUGGACCAUCUUUUGCUUUGUCUGCUAAGGUUGUCCUGACCAGCUUCCCUGUCCCUGCUUAAAAAAGGUAUCCACACAGCAUCCAGUUGCACCACCAUGUACAGGCUGUUGGUUUUCUGCCAAACGUAGUGUUUUGCAUUUUGGCUAACAACUUCAAUUUGGGUUUGAUCUGAUCCGAUCAGAUCAUCUUCCUCCAUGUUUGCUGUGUCCCCUACAAGACUUCCUACAUUUUUUUUUUCCCAACAAUGACUUUGUUCUUGCAAUUCUUUCACAAAGGCCAGAUUUGUGACAUGCAUCACCAAUAGUUGUCUUUUUAAAAUGAUUCUCCCACCUGAACUGUGAAGCUCCUCCAGAGUUACCAUGGGCCUCUCGGGUGAUUCUCUGAUUAGCGCUCUUCUCUCUUUGCCUGUCAGUUUGCAGUUGCUUUGCAUUUUCAGAUGCUGGAUUGAACAGUGCUCAGGAUAUGUUCAGAACUUGAGAAACUGUUUAUGACCUAACCCUCCGUUAAUCUUCUCCACAACUUUACUUGACCCGUUUGCUCUGUUCAAUUAUUUAUGAUGCUGUAAAUGGGGCCGAUGACACUUUCCCUUCCACUUCAUGGUUACGCAGUACCUUGUGUUGGUAUAUUGCACAAAAUCCCCAUAAAAUGCGUUGAGGUGUGUAGAAAAUGUGAAAAAGUUCAAGCGGUAUGAAUACUUUUGCAAGGCUCUGUACUCGUUUCCUUAAGGUGCAUACCCAUACCCACUUGGGGUAAGGGCAUAAACACUACACCUCUGAGAAAGCACUGUACGGCCAGUAACCUUUUAAAAUGUAAAAGCAGUAUUUUCCUUUAAUGAGUUAAGCUUCUACUGUAUAUAGAAACUCCCGCGAGUGAUUUUUAACUCUUUUGAAAGGGUUAGUUUUCCUCCAAAAAAAGCUUGAAGUGUCGUCAAGCUCAGAGGAAACGUGGGAGAACUUUAUGGGACCAGCUGACUGUACUUGAGUUUGUUUUUACUCGGUUCUUUGAGCUAUCAUGGUAGACAUUAAUGAUCGUCACUCAUGACCUUUUCAUUUCCCAGGAGGAUAGCAUUGUUAUUGAAUUUGUAUUUAUUUUCAAGUGUAGACUCAAUCUUUAAGCAGGUGGAUAUCAGACCUUCUUACUGUACAAAUGAUUCAGACUUCAGUUGACUGACAGGCUGAAUGAACGGGCCCUUUGAAUCUUGCAAUGAUGGAACUACUUAAUGUUUGUGCUGGAGACGGUGUGUGAGUGCAUGUUGGUGUGUGUAAGAGGUAAAGACAUGACUAAAUGUUGCCUUUUCAGAAAUAUGCAAAGUUCAGACAGAGGUUGAAGGCUGUUUGGUGUAAUGUUUGUAAAAAUUUAACUUACAGAUGAAUAAAAAGAUUUGUUUUAUUUACUUUGAACACAAGAGGAUGUGA